GGAGAGUCUACUGGCCUCUCUCCUUCGUUCGUCUGGGCGGCGGCGGCGGCAACUGGGGACGGGGCGGGUGGCGCAUCACGGGCGCGGAGGCAGGAGGAGCAGUCUCAUUGUUCCGGGAGCCGUCGCCACUGCAGGUCCCUCGACUCGGUUGGCCCGGCCCCUCUUAGUACUCCCCAACCCCCACACAACCGCCUGCGGCUCUGAGGAGAAGCGGUCCCGGCAGCGGCAGCAGCUGCAGCAUCAUUUCUGACCCGCCCGCCAUGGAAGACAUGGACCAGUCGCCUCUGGUCUCCUCGUCCGCGGACAGCCCUCCCCGGCCUCAGCCCGCGUUCAAGUACCAGUUCGUGAGGGAGCCCGAGGACGAGGAGGAAGAGGAGGAAGAGGAAGAGGAGGACGAGGACGAAGACCUGGAGGAGCUGGAGGUGCUCGAGAGGAAGCCCGCCGCCGGGCUGUCGGCGGCCCCGGUGCCCCCCGCCCCCGCAGCGCCCCCGCUGGACUUCGUGGCCCCUGCGCCCAGGGGGCCCCUGCCGGCCGCGCCCCCCGUUGCACCCGAGCGGCAGUCGUCUUGGGACCCGAGUCCCGCAUCGUCGACGGCGCCCGCGCCAUCCCUUCCGUCCGCUGCCGCAGUCUCGCCCUCCAAACUCCGAGAGGACGACGAGCCUCCGGCGCGGCCUCCUCCUCCUCCCCCGGCCGGCGUGAGUCCCCAGGCCGAGCCCGCGUGGACCCCGCCCGCCUCGGCCCCUGCCGCGCCCCCCUCUACCCCGGCCGCGCCCAAGCGCAGGGGCUCCUCAGGCUCUGUGGAUGAGACCCUUUUUGCUCUUCCUGCUGCAUCUGAGCCUGUGAUACACUCCUCUGCAGACAAAAUUAUGGAUUUGAAGGAGCAGCCAGGUAACACUGUUUCGGCUGGUCAAGAGGAUUUCCCAUCUGUCCUGCUUGAAACUGCUGCUUCUCUUCCUUCUCUAUCUCCUCUCUCAACUGCUUCUUUUAAAGAACAUGAAUACCUUGGUAAUUUACCAGCAGUAUCACCCACACAAGGAACACUUCAAGAAACUUUAAAUGAAGCAUCUAAAGAGUUCUCAGAGAAGGCAAAAAAUCCAUUUAUAGAUAAAGAUUUAACAGAGUUUUCAGAAUUAGAAUACUCAGAAAUGGGAUCAUCCUUCAGUGGCUCUCCAAAAGCAGAAUCUGCCAUACUAGUAGAAAACUCUAAGGAAGAAAUAAUUGUGAAGAGUAAAGAUGAAGAGGAGGAUUUAAUUAGUAACGUCAUCCUUCAUAAUCAACAAGAAUCACCUAUAUCCCUUUCUAAAUUGGUUAAAGAGGAGGACAAAGUUAUGUCUCCAGAAAAAGCAAAGGACAGUUUUAACGAAAUGGAAGUUGGAGUAGAAGCACCUAUGAGGGAGGAAUAUGCAGACUUCAAACCAUUUGAGCGAGCAUGGGAAGUGAAAGAUACUUAUAAGAAAGACAGUGAUGUGUUGGCUGGUCAAGGUAAUAUAGAGAGCAAUUUGGAACAUAAAGUGGAUAAGAAAUGGUUUCCAGAUAGCCUUGAGCAGACAAAUCAUGAAAAGGAUAGUGAAAGCAGUAAUGAUGAUGCUUCUUUUCCAAGUACACCAGAAGCUGUAAAAGACAGUUCAAGAGCAUAUAUCACAUGUACUCCCUUUGACCCAAAAGCAACAGAAAGCAUUGCAACAAACAUUUUUCCUUCAUUAGAAGAUCAUACUUCAGAAAAUAAGACGGAUGAAAAAAAAAUAGAAGAAAAGAAGGCCCAAAUUGUAACAGAGAAGAAAAUGAGCACCCAAACAUCAAAUCCUUUUCUUGUAGCAUCACAGGAUUCUGAGACAGAUUAUGUCACAACAGAUAAUUUAUUAAAGGUGACCGAGGAAGUAGUGGCAAACAUGACUGAAGGUCUAACCCCAGAUUUAGUACAGGAAGCAUGUGAAAGUGAAUUGAAUGAAGCUACAGGUACAAAACUUGCUUAUGAAACAAAAAUGGACUUGGUUCAAACAUCGGAAGCCCUGCAGGACUCACUGUACCCUGUAGCACAGCUUUGCCCAUCAUUUGAAGAAUCUGAAGCAACUCCUUCACCAGUUUUGCCUGACAUUGUAAUGGAAGCACCAUUAAAUUCUGUAGUUCCUGGGGCUAGUCCUUCUGCAGUGCAGCCUAGUUCAUCACCAUUAGAAGCUCCUCCACUUAAUUACGACAGCAUAAAACUUGAGCCUGAAAAUCCCCCACCUUAUGAAGAGGCCAUGAAUGUAUCAGGAAUAAAGGAAGACAUUAAAGAACCUGAACAUAUUAAUGCAGUUGUUCAGGAAACAGAAGCUUCUUAUAUAUCUAUUGCAUGUGACUUAAUUAAAGAAACAAAACUCUCUACUGAACCAAGUCCAGAUUUCUCUAAUUAUUCAGAAAUGGUAAAAGUUGAAAAGCCAUUGCCUGAUCAUUCUGAGCUAGUUGAGGAUUCCUCCCCUGAUUCUGAACCAGUUGACUUAUUUAGUGAUGAUUCAAUACCUGAAGUUCCACAUAAACAAGAGGAAGCUGUAAUGCUCAUGAAAGAAAAUCUCACUGAAACUUCCUUUGAAUCAAUAAAAGAACAAGAAAAUAAGGAAAAACUCAGUGAUUUUCCUCCUGAGGGGGGAAAGCCAUAUUUGGAAUCUUUUCAGCCCAGUUUAGGUGCCAAAAAAGAUUCCCUGUUGCCUGAUGAAGUUUCAACAUUGACCAGAAAGGAGAAAAUUCCUUUGCAGAUGGAAGAGCUCAAUACUGCAGUUUAUUCAAAUGAUGAUUUAUUUAUUUCUAAGGAAGCAAAAACAAGAGAAAGUGAAACAUUUUCAGAUUCAUCUCCAAUUGAGAUUAUAGAUGAAUUCCCUACAUUUGUCAGUUCUAAAACUAUUUCUAAAUUAGCCAGGGAAUACACUGACCUAGAAGUAUCCCAGAAAAGUGAAGUUGCUAACGUCCAGGAUGGAGCUGGGUCAUUGCCUUGCACAGAAUUGCCCCAUGACCUUUCUUUUAAGAACAUACACACUCCUAAAGAUGAAGAUAAAAUGCAAGUCUCAGAUAAGUCUGAUAUAUCAAAGGUGUCUGUACUGCCUCCAGAUGUUUCUGGUUUGACAACAGAGAUAGGCAGUAUAGUUGAACCCAAAGUUUUUAUGAAAGAAGCUGAGGAAAAACUUCCUUCUGAUACAGAAAAAGAGGACAGAUCACCAUCUGCUAUCUUUUCAGCAGAGCUGAGUAAAACUUCAGUUGUUGACCUCCUCUACUGGAGAGACAUUAAGAAGACUGGAGUAGUGUUUGGUGCCAGCUUAUUCCUGCUGCUUUCAUUGACAGUAUUCAGCAUUGUGAGUGUAACAGCCUACAUUGCCUUGGCCCUGCUCUCUGUGACUAUCAGCUUUAGGAUAUAUAAGGGUGUGAUCCAAGCUAUCCAGAAAUCAGAUGAAGGCCACCCAUUCAGGGCUUAUUUGGAAUCUGAUGUUGCUAUAUCUGAGGAAUUGAUUCAGAAAUACAGUAAUUCUGCUCUUGGUCAUGUGAACUGCACGAUAAAAGAACUUAGACGCCUCUUCUUAGUUGAUGAUUUAGUUGAUUCUCUAAAGCAGAGGUCCAUCUCUGAAUUUGGUUGGGGAAAGGUGACUUCAAACAAUGUCAUCAUGAAGCAUGAGAGAGUUUGCAGUGUUGAUGUGGGUAUUUACCUAUGUUGGUGCCUUGUUCAAUGGUCUGACACUACUGAUUUUGGCUCUGAUUUCACUCUUCAGCGUUCCUGUUAUUUACGAACGGCAUCAGGCACAAAUAGAUCACUAUCUAGGACUUGCAUAUAAGAAUGUUAAAGAUGCUAUGGCUAAAAUCCAAGCAAAAAUUCCUGGAUUGAAGCGCAAAGCUGAAUGAAAAAGCCCAAAACAAUUAACAGUAGUUCAUCUUUAAAGGGGAUAUUCAUUUGAUUACAUGGGGGAGGGUCAGGGAAGAAUGAAACCUUGACAUAGCAGUGCAGUUUCACAGAUCUUUAUUUUUAGCAAUGCACUGUUUGAGGAAAAAUUACCUGUCUUGACUGCCAUGUGUUUAUCAUCUUAAAUAAAUUGUAAGCUGCUAUGUAUGGAUUUAAAUUGUAAUCAUAUUUGUUUUUCCUAUAUGAGGCACUGGUGAAUAAAAAGUAAUCUGAGAAAACUGUAUAUUACACUUUGUUGCAGGAGUCUUGCUGUAUUUGGGGGAAGUUGCAGAGAAGGUGGAGCAAGAAUAAAACCCCUUUUCACAGUUUGUGCACUGUGUAUGGUUGUGUAGAUUGAUGCAGAUUUUCUGAAAUAAAAUGUUUAGAUGAGAUCAUACCACUAAAGCAGGAUUGAAAAAGCUUUGCCUUUUUGGUAUGUUCUAGGUGUAUUGUGAAUUUUACUGUUAUAUUAAUUGCCAAUAUAAGUAAAUAUAGUUUAUAUAUUAUCUAUAUAUAGUGUUUCACAAAGCUUAGACCUUUACCUUCUGGCUGCCCCACAAUGUGCUUGAUAUUUCAGUCAUUGGUUAUACAUGUGUAGUUUCAAAGCACUUAAGCUAGAAAAAGAAUAUAUUUCUAGGAGCACUACCAUCUGUUUUCAUCUUGAAACAAUGCCACAUACAUAGAACUCCAAAAUAAAACUUCAUUGCACAAAACUUACUGUAGUUAAUUUUGUCACAAACUCUGGGUCUAUAUGGACUGAAUCUAAUGCUUCCGAAAAUGUUGUUUGCAAAUAUCAAACAUUGUUAUGCAAGAAAUUAUAAAUUGAAGACUUACACCAUUGUGGUUUAAGCUGUACUGAACUAAAUCUGUGGAAUGCAUUGUGAACUGUAAAAGCAAAGUAUCAAUAAAGCUUAUAGACUUAAAA